AUAUACACUAUCCCCAAUCUCCUCACCGCGUCGCGUCUCGUCGCAUGUCCCAUCCUCGGCUGGGCCGUCGUCGCGGGCACUUCCCGCUCGCGACGUCCAUCCUCGUCUACGCCGGCUGACCGACCUCGUUCGCUGACGGGUAUCUCGCGCGCCGCUUCAAAGCAAGACGGUCUCGGCACCAUUCUCGAUCCCGCGGCGGACAAGGCGCUGGUCACGACGUUGGCGGUGACGCUGACUGUCAAAGGCAUGUUACCGCUUCCGCUCGCGGUCAUCAUCUUAGGUCGGGAUGUUUUGCUCAGCUUGUCUGCGUUUUGGAUCCGGUAUACAUCCUGCCUCCUCCCGAGGACGUUUGCGCGGUAUUGGGACUUUUCACUACCGUCUGUCGAGGUUCGCCCCACAAACACACAAAAGGUCAACACAGCUUUGCAGCUGCUGCUCAUGGGUGUGACCACAGUCAGCCCCUUGGUACCGAUGGACAUCAGCGUGCCGCUUCAGUCUUGUCAGACUGAUUGUGGCCACCACCACAAUUGGAGCGGGCUCUCCUACGUCUUUUCGAAAAAAACGCGUUCCGUCUCAUCGCACGAAAACCGUAAUCUCCAACAGAAAAUUAUCGCUAGUACAAUAACCAAAUAA